AUGUUACAUCUGCAGCCUGCUAACCUUUUGAUCCAAAAGACCUUAUUUGAGGCGCUCGAUGCGAAUGCUAAGGGUACUCCGUUGACCUUAGAUAGAAUUAUCUCUGAUUUUGACUACACGACGUUUCAUGUCUCCAACACUCCUGACAACAAGUCCAUCUUGUUGUUGAGUGUUAGAACCAAGGCUUGGCAAAGUAUAUUACAAGGUGGUGAUUUACUAACCUUUCUACAAGGCAAGUAUGCAAACACGCAAGGUGUCUCGGUUGCCAAUGCUGUUGAGCCAGGGUUUGACUACACUUUACAAAUUGACAUUGGGUCCCUGAAUGAAGAAGCUAUCAAGAGGUGCUCUAUUUUGAAGACUCUCGUUCUAAGUUUCCCAUUCCAUCAGGCUUUUGAAGAGUUUCACCAAUUGAACAACCAACCGAUCCCUGAGGGCUCUGUGGUCGAGUCUCAAAAUGUCCAUGUUAUCAAGUAUAGAGACGAUGAAAACAUCUUUGUGAAGGCUGCAAGUGAUCGUGUCACCGUUAUCUUUGAGACUAUUUUCCAAGAUGAAACAGACAAGAUUUUGGGUAAAGUGUUCUUACAGGAGUUCGUAGACGCAAGAAAGAGAAACCGCGGUAUCCAGUCCGCUCCACAGGUACUAUUCUCUCAUGAACCACCACUAGAGAUCCAAUCAGUGGCACAGAAUCAAAACACACAAGGUAAGCACGACAGUAGGAGGUUCAUCACAUUUGUGCUCUUCCCACGUCAUUUCCAAACCGAGGAGUUGCAAUUCACCUCUGUGUCCCAAUUAACAUUGUUCAGAAACUACUUCCACUACCAUAUCAAGUGUUCUAAAGCUUAUAUGCACUCCAGAAUGAGAUACAGAGUCGACACAUUUGUGAAGGUGCUAAACAGAGCAAAGGUCGACGAAGAAGAUGACAACGAAGAUUCAAAUAGAAGAACAAUCACCGGAAGAAAAAUGGUGUACUAA